AUGAAAAGGAAGGAGAGAAAUGGGCUUGCAGAUAUGCUCUUGAAGGGAGAGCUGAAUAUGGUGGAACAAGCUCUGGAACAAGGGGACUUUUUGUUUGAGGAGCUGGACUUACCUUAUAAUGCAGAGGGGUUCACUCCUCUUAUCAGUGCCUGCCAGAUGGGUCUAACAAAGGUCGUGCAUUUCCUUCUGGAAAAGGGAGCAGACAUGACACUGUGCGACCAUAGCAACCAGACAGCACUACAUGUUUGUCAACCAGAUCUGCAGGGGGAGCUCUUGUCAGCUAUGUUUAGGCCUCUGCCCCAUGAUACUCAACUCCAACAUGCUGCCUGGCAGGGAGAUCUCCACUCCCUACAGUACCUGCUUGCCCAGAGAGACUUGGUGGAUGUUAACUCACAAAACCGACAGGGGUUGACCCCGCUUAUGCUGGCAGUUAGGGAUGUGGACAUAUUUGAGGGCCUGGAAGCGACUUUGCCAUGGGAGUACCACCCUGUCGAGGUGGUCAGGGAGCUACUGGAUGCCUCAGUUGAUUUGGACAUCCAAGAUCACAGGGGAUUCAGUGCUCUGCAGUAUGCUGCACAAAUCAAGAGUCCAUUAAAGGAUGAACUCAUAGACAUGAUGAUGGAAUUCCUCUCAGACAGAAAUAGCAACAUCCUCUACUGCUUCAAGGGCUCCAUGGACACCCUCAGGGAGAUGAGGCAAGAUUACAAGGACGAGGGAAAAAGAAGCAGAGCUACAUCAUUACCCAGCUUACUGGUCGGAAGCAAAGGCAUGGACAAAUCAAGCACCUUAAACAACGCUUCAGAGUUUCAUAGCACAAGAGUUUGCUCCUACACACCUGUGCCACCAAGGGUGAAAAACAGGAGUAAAUCGAUACAACAAAGUCUUCCAAUCCCCCAGUUUUCACAGUUAAGCCAGUCAGCUCCAAGCCUGAUGGAACCUCUCCUGGAUACAAAUGCCCUUUUACAAGCGCGGGCCAACAUCAAUAACAGUAAGCAUGGUUCUUUACUCACUAUCUGCAAAAGACCCAUCAGAACCCCCAAACUCUUGGCUCCACUGGAAAGAGGACAGUGGGAGGGACCACUGCUCUCCAAGCCUAGGCACCUUGUUCCCCUAAAACCAGUAACUCUCUUGCCAGUGAGUUCUAUAUGUCGGCGCAGGAGGGAAAGAUUCUCCAAACGAAACUUAAGAGGCUCAAAGAGUAGCAGAGGAGGCAGUGAAGAAAGCACAUCCAGUAGCACCAGCAGCCAAGGUUCCCUGGAUCUUGAAGGUGAAGAGAGCGGCUAUACAGACACUUUGCAGGAGUCAAGAAAGAUGGGAAGAACCUCAGACAGCGGGUCUCAGGAGGCUUCAGAGGUCUCUUCACAGAUCUGUAAUUUAGACAGUCCAGUAUCUCAAGAUGACAUUGAAAUCCAGGAGUGUUUUCUAUACAGUCACAAAGAUAGUACGCCUAUCAAAUGUUCAUACCAGGGGAGUGGAACAGCUAAAGAUGAAAUGAGUUGCGACUCUAACGAGCCUUCCAAAACUAGUGACACCAACAGCCCUUCAGACACUCCGGCAAACUGUAAAGAUGAGGAACACCCUGUGCCAAGUGAGCUAACAUUUCUGAGAGAUCAGUCAAAAGGUCGCAAGGAUUCUGAGGUUGCAACAUCAUGUGUCCCUAACUUUGACGCUCAUAAAGAUAUUGUUAGAGGGGUCAGAUCUGGAGAAAGUGAUGGAGAGCCAUGUUGUACCGUGGACACUAAACAUAAAUGUCUUCCCAAAGUGAAUAUCACAAUCUCAGGACCUGCUUCAAAAGAAAAGAGCAAGCCUGUUAAAACUGUUAAGAGCAAAGACAGAAGAUACAGCACUCCUUUUCAGACAAAUCAUUCUUUUAACAUCUUAGCAAACAUAAAACAAAACAAAAGCAGUGCUCAAGCCAAGAACAACAGAAAAAAGUCAUCCAUCUCUGCACAUGUAGAAGAAAUAACACCACCAGAUCUUGUCGUAAGCAGGGCAGCUACUGCUAAAGCACUUAGCGCUGAGGCAAGCAAUACCACUGCAAAGAUUAUUAAGAAAAACAAAGACACACAGUUAGCACAAAAAAGGGUUUCUGAGCCGCAGCAAUUCAGGAGGUCGAGUGCUGACUCGAUCUCUUUCAACAACAAAGCACAGAGUCAAAAACAACUUCUCAAGAGGAACUUCAGUGCACGGCAGGCCAAAAAGCAAGGGAUAUUAGGUACAACACGGGCCAAGUCUGCCAUUGAUUAUAUCACUUACAAUGAUAUGUUUCAAGAGAUUAGUCAAGGCAAUGAAGGACCAGCUAUCUUUGAGAUGUUUGCUACACCAGUUUAUGAAAACCUCCAGGCAGCCAGCUCCCUGGUAAGAAGUGAGCAAGUACAACCAGGUUCUCAAGGUCAGAGGCAGAUAUACGGAAAACACAGAAGCUCUAAAACGCCAGAGGGAGGCAGGAGGAAGAAGACUCUAACAGAUAGGUACAGUCAAGCCAAGGGAAAACAGCGCAAGACAAAGGAUGUUCUACCUAAAAGACCACACCACCAAGCUGGUCCUUUUGACGGAAAGGAUAAUGUAGUAAUGACAUGCGGCCUUGACAGAGAUGUGUCUGAGAUCACUGUUGGUGAAGAAAACAGACUUGAAACACAGGUUGAAAUGGAGGGCAGUCAUCCACUCUCUGUCAUUGAAGAAGUUCUUUCCCAUCAUAAAUCAGGCGCUGACUUUUUUGAGGCUGAACUAGGAAGGAAUUCACCAGCUUCAACUCAGAAAAAUUUCACAUCUCACUUAGACACAAAACCUGGUCUUGGUAUACAUGAAAUGCCUUCCCCACUAUCUAAGACUGACUCGACUGAAGCUGAGAGGAACAAGUCUGGUUUGGGGAAGGAUUCGACUCCCAAUGGGUUCCUAGCACAGCCUAUGAUAAAUACAUGGACCUCAGAAAGCAAUGACAAAGCAGUGUCACUGGCAUACCAGAGCUUUCUGGAUGAAGUUGGUGAGGGGCCUCUCACGGAUGAUUUACUACAGUGCUUAGCAGAGGAGCUCAUAUCACUAGAGGAGAAAGAAGCUGAAACACUUACACCUCAGAAAAGUGACUCAGAAAAAAAUAAUCCUCAUUUGAAAAUUAAAAGACCGUUCAACAAGGUAACCUGACAAAAAGAUUUUAAAUGCAUGCAUUUUUAGAAUUCAUGUGUAGAUGAUGCCAUCACAUGGACAAAAGGAGAAGUGCUAGGCAGAGGAGCAUAUGGAACAGUAUAUUGUGGGCUCACGAACCAAGGUCAGUUGAUUGCUGUAAAACAGGUGGUCCUGGAUGCAUCAGAUACUGAGGCAGCUGAAAAAGAAUAUAAUUGUCUUGAGAGGGAGGUGGACCUAUUGAAAAGCCUUCACCACCCUAACAUUGUUGGGUUCUUGGGCACAGCUCUCAGUGAGAAUGUGGUCUGCAUCUUCAUGGAGUAUGUCCCAGGUGGUUCCAUAUCCAGCAUCCUCCACCGCUUUGGCCCUUUGCCCGAGACAGUGCUUGCCCUCUACACCAGACAGAUCCUGGAGGGUGUGGCCUAUCUUCAUGCCAACUGGGUCAUUCACAGAGACUUAAAAGGGAGCAACGUAAUGCUUAUGCCCACCGGUAUAGUGAAGUUGAUUGAUUUUGGAUGUGCCCGUCGCCUUAGCUGCCUCACGCACACUGGGAACCGUAGUGACCUUCUGAAGUCUGUGCAUGGCACCCCCUACUGGAUGGCACCAGAAGUGAUCAACGAGACAGGCCAUGGGAGGAAGUCAGAUGUCUGGAGCGUUGGAUGCACGGUGUUCGAGAUGGCAACAGGAAAGCCACCGCUGGCACAUAUGGACAAGAUGGCUGCUCUCUUCUACAUCGGAGCUCGGAAGGGUUUGAUGCCGUCUCUGCCAGAUGAGUUCUCAGAGGAAGCCAAAAAUUUUGUGCAAGCAUGUCUGACCAGUGACCAGAAACUGCGACCAACUGCAGAAGAUUUACUCAGACAUCCAUUUCUUCCUAAACUGAAGGGGGAAGAACUAGAGAAGCCUACCUGA